AAGUGAAGUAGAAUAAUUGAGAAAUAGGAGCUAGUUUCCACUUCUGUAGGACCACGGUGGGGACUGGGGAGGGCGACCUGCCCAAGAGUCCAAAAGAUGGCUCCAUUUAGUACGUUUCUCUUACUCCUAACAAACCAAGCGUCGGAGAAAUUGGAUGUACGCUUUCCUCGUUUCAACUUUUCAAAGCCGUGUGGGUCCGAAUUCGUCUGUUUUUAACUUUUAGUUCAGGUCUUUCAGACGUAUCUCUACACCAUUUCACACACAAUUUCUCUGUGUUUUUGCAAGCCUGAAGCCAUGUCCAUGUCUGUUGUCGGAGAAGCUGCUCUAGCUGCGUUCUUUGAAGCGUUGUUCAGUAAGUUAGCUGAAUUCCUCAAUGUUGUAACCGAGAAGCAAGUUCGCGAGGAGCUCCACGAGUGGGAAAACAUAUUGCUCAGUAUUCAAGCAGUGCUAGAUGAUGCCGAGGAGAAGCACGUGAAGAAUCGCCAUGUCAAGAGAUGGUUGACCGAGCUCCAACACUUGGCAUACGAUGCGGAUGAUGUAUUGGAUGAGUUUGCUACUGAAGCUUUGAGACGCAAGUUGACCAGGGAGCAUCAAGACAGCUCAAGUAAGUUACAAAAGCUCCGACAUACUUGCUUCAGUCAUAAUUUCUCAUCUAAUAGCGAAAUGAUGUCCAUGAUAAAAGAGAUCACCACUAGAUUUCAAAAGUUAGCAGAUCGAAGGAGUGCCUUGGCUUUGACUGAAAAUGUUGGUGGGAGGCCUAAAAGAGCAAUAGAAAGGCCUCCAACCACUUCCUUGGUGACUGAAACUCAAGUCUACGGCCGGGCAAAUGACAAAGAAGCAAUCUUUCAAUUAAUUUCAGAUAGGAAUGUUGCUGAAAUAUGUGUGAUUCCCAUCGUUGGCAUGGGAGGGAUUGGCAAGACAACUCUUGCUCAGCUUGUCUACAAUGACAAUCAGGUGAAUGAUUAUUUUGAUCUCAAAGCAUGGGUAUGCGUUUCUGAAAUUUUUGAUAUCAAAGAUAUAACCAAAUCAAUUUUGUCAUCAAUUGGCCAUGAAUCUCCUGAUGCUGGAGCUGAUUUGAAUAAUCUUCAAAUAAAAUUGAAGCAGAGGUUGUCUGGGAAAAGACUACUUCUUAUUUUGGAUGACCUUUGGCAUCAAAUCUAUAAUGAUUGGACUCUCCUAAUAGCCCCCUUUGGGAAAGGAACUACAAUUAUUGUGACGACUCGUGAACAAAGUGUUUCAUCAAUGACGAGAACUAUCCCAGCUGAUCACAAGCUGCAAAAGUUGUCAGAUGAAGAUUGCCUUUCUGUAUUAACUCACCAUGCAUUAGGAGCAAAAGAUUUCAGUAGGCAUCCGAAUUUAGAAGAAAUUGGUCGAAAGAUUGUGAAGAAGUGCAACGGCUUGCCUUUGGCAGAUAAGACCAUUGGAGGCCUUUUGCGCAAUAAGGUGGACCUUGAUGCAUGGAAGGAUAUACUAGAAAAUGAGAUUUGGAAUUUACCAGAAGAGAGGAGUAACAUAAUUCCAGCUUUACGAAUAAGCUAUCAUCAUCUUCCUCCAUGUCUAAAGCGAUGUUUUGCUUAUUGUGCCAUACUCCCCAAAGACUAUGAAUUUACUGAAAUGGAAAUAGUCUGGCUAUGGAUGGCUGAAGGAUUUCUACAAGUGGAAGCUGUGAAGCAAAAUGAAGAUUUGGGUAAGGAGAUCUUUCAAGAACUUGUAUCGAGGUCAUUUUUUGAAAUAUCCAGUCAGGACAAGUCUCGAUAUGUAAUGCAUGAUCUUAUUAAUGAUUUGGCUCAAUCAAUCACCAAAGAAACAUGCUUCAGAGUGGAAGGUGACAAGAAAUUGAACAUUUCCAAACAUGCUCGCCACUCAUCUUACAUUAGUGGUAGGAGAGAUGGAAUUAAAAAAUUCCAAGUCUUUUAUGGAACGGAGCGUUUAAGAACCUUCCUACCGUUGAAGAUGCCAAAUCAAAUGUAUUGCUAUAUAUCGAAUAACGUUCUGAGUGAUUUGUUGUCAAAAUUGAAAUGCUUAAGGGUGCUUUCUUUAGAAAGGUAUCAGUUGACCGAGUUACUUGAUGUUUUCGGAGAUUUAAUACAUUUGCGUUAUCUCAAUUUUUCUUACACUCCAAUCGAAACUCUACCCGAUUCAAUAUGCAAACUUUACAAUUUAGAGACCUUGAUUUUGCAAGAGUGUUCUUGUCUUAAGGAGUUUCCUUCAAAAAUGAGAGAUUUAAUUAACCUAAGGCAUCUUGAUUUUACUGGAGCAAAUUCACAACUAAGGAUGCCGAUGGGAAUUGGUGAGCUAACCAGCCUCCAAACAUUGACAAGAUUUGUUGUGAGUCGAGAUAAUGGCCUUCAGAUACAGGAGAUGGAGAAAUUGUCUAAUCUUAAGGGUGGACUUCUUAUUUCAGGAUUGGAGAACAUUGUCAAAGCUCAAGAUGCAGCGGUGGCUGGGUUAUGUAAUAAGUCAAACCUUUCUGAUUUAACUUUGGAAUGGAAGAACUCCCGUGACGCUUUUGCAGUAGAAGAAAUUCAAUUUCACAUGGACGUGUUGAAUUCACUCCGACCACAUGCAAUGCUUGAAAGGCUCACCAUCAAAUAUUACGGAGGUGAAACAUUCCCAAGUUGGAUAGGAGAUCCAUCGCUUGAAAAGCUAUCACAUUUGGGGCUGGAUUAUUGUCCAAAUUGCACAUCAUUACCAGCAAUUGGAAAAUUACCAUCGCUAAAAUCCCUUGCUAUCAGCAGGAUGGAUAAGGUGACUACUGUGGGUUCAAACUUUUUCGGAGAAAAUGCCUCAAUUGCAUUUCCAAAGCUAGAAGAAUUAUUUUUUUAUGGCAUGCCUGAAUGGAAGGAAUGGGAUCCUUGUGAAGUUGAUGGACAUGUGAAAAACUUCCAACAACUCCGCCUGCUCUCCAUUUCAGAUUGUCCCAAGUUGUUAGGAAGUUUACCUACUUGUCUUCCUUCCUUGGAGGAACUUGUGAUUCUUCGAUGUCAAAAAUUGAGAAGUCUAGCUACUUGUCCUCCUUCAUUGAAGAAACUUGAGAUUCGUCAAUGUGAGCAAUUGGUAGUUUCACUUCCUGGCCUUCCAAUGUUGUGCGACUUAACAAUUGAUAAGUGCCAAGAAGUGGUGGGUGCGAGUUUUACAAAUUUUGGCUCACUCAUGAAAAGUGUCUCCCUUUCAAACAUUUCGAAAUUCACUUGUCCAAGAGAUCUGAUGUUAGGGUUGAGAAAAGCAGAAUCUCUUUCUAUAGGUAAAUGUGAGGAACUAAUUUCUUCAUGGCAGAACCAGGAAGGAUGCUCAGCAUAUCCGUCGGCUCUUCGCUUUUUGAAAAUUCAGAAUUGUUCACAACUUGCUUCAAUAGGGGUUGAGGACGAAAAGGAAGAGCAAAUGCAAUUGGGAAUCCCUCGCAAUAUUGUAGAUUUGGGUAUUUCUGAUUGUGAAAGGCUAGAAAGGCUAUCAAAAAGCCUACACAGCUACACAUCCCUUACGGUGCUACAAAUUGAAAGAUGCCCAAGAUUGAUUUCAUUUUCAAAGGGAAAUUUGCCUGCAAAUUUAAGAAGUUUAACCAUUGGAUGUUGCAAGAAUUUGCAGCACUUGCUGGAUGAAAGAGAAAAUGUCAGCAUCAACGGCACAUUUUUUCUAGAGAAAUUGGAAAUUAGAGAUUGUAAGUCUUUCAUAUCUUUAUCUGCAGGGGUGGAGUUACAAUUAAGGUUUGUAAGUUUAUCCAUUUUUGGUUAUGACAAUUUGCAGUAUUUGCUGGAUGAAAGAGAGAAUAUCAGCAUAAAGCAAUUGACUAUUGGAGGUUGUCCGUCUUUGAUAUCUUUAUCCGCAAGGGAUGAGUUACCUGUUGAUCUUCAAGAUGUAAUCAUCUAUGGUUGUCACAAGUUAGCUUCCUUAUUAUCCAAUGGCAAGUUACCUAAGGGGCUGAAAUACCUCUCUAUCGAUAGUUGCCCAUCUCUAGAAUCCAUAGCACCUGAAAUUGAAGACAACUCUUCUCUUGAACAGAUUGAUAUCUCCCGUUGUGAAAAUUUUAGAUCUUUGCCACGUGGAUCGGACAAGCUCAACCAUCUUGAGAAGAUUAUUAUUGGUGGUUGUCCAAAUCUGAUUUCUUUCCCAGGAAGUGGAUUGUUAACCCCCAAACUCAGAGAGUUCUAUCUUAUGAGUUGUGAAAAGCUCGAGGCCUUACCCAACCGCAUGGACAACAUCGUCUCUCUUGAAAUAUUCAGGAUAUAUGAUUGUGCGAGUGUGGUAUCUUUGCCAGAAGGGGGGUUCCCUACCAAUCUCAUUUCACUUACAAUCUCGCAACCCAAUUUCUGCAAGUCAGUAAUCGAGUGGGGUUUGCACAAACUCACCUCUCUUAAGCAUUUCUGCAUCCACGGUGCUUCACUAGAUGUGGCGUCAUUCCCUCAUGAAGAAAUGCUUCUGCCCCCCUCUCUCACCUCUUUCUCCAUCAAACAUUUUCCCAACCUUGAAAUUUUGUCCUCCAAAGGCUUUCAAAAUCUCACCUCUCUCGAAUCAUUGCACAUCCUAAAUUGCCUCAAGCUCAAAUUCCUUCCAAGUAAGGAAAUGCUUCCCUCACUUUUGGAACUAAGAAUUUCUGAUUGUCCAUUGCUAAAACAACGAUGCAAGAAGGAUGAAGGACCAGAGUGGCCCAAUAUUGCCCACGUACCUCACAUUGCCAUACAGUGAGAAAAAUCAAAUUUGAAAGGGUUUGUGUUCGUAAACAGAAGUUCGCCCAGAAAUUAGGCACACUGCCAUUGAGGAUGAGUGAUCUGUGACAAUGCUUAUGGUAGCAGUACAUUACCUAAAUUCAAAUAGAUCAGGAUUGACAAAAUUUUGAAUCAAAUAAGUUUAGAAGAAUAGAAAAGAAGUCGUAUUGCAGCUAUCUGCAGAGACAAUGUCUUGACAAUUGACUAGCAAAUUGCAUUGAGCUAAUAUAGAAGCUUCCUUGACUAUAGUUGAAACAUUUGCUAUCCUGGCAUAUCUUCAACUUCUGGCACUACUAUACAUGAUCUAAACAGUGUCACCCAGAAGCUACAUUGAUUACUUUGUGGAUCAGGGGAAUUACUUCUUCGCCCAAAGCAUCCCAACUCUAAAAAUGAAAACUUUAAUUUGAAUGUAGUACGUUGGUGGGAAGAAUAUGCCUCCAGAAUUGAGAAACUUCUAUCUUCCAUCAUGGAGAAAAAUGGUUUAAUUGCAAGUUAUUGGAACCUUCAGAUAGUUCUCUCCAGAUGUUUGGCAUUAUUAUCAUCUAUGAAACACAUUUCUUUCAGACUGCCGGGAAAACAUUCCCUGCAGGACUAUUUCAAGAAAGGUUUCAGUUGGAAGUUGCAGAGGCUUGUGCCAGCUAUCAGAGCAAACAAACUAGUCUGGAAAGACACUAAAAUGGGAAUGUCAUUAUUUAUCCAAGUGGGCAUUGCCUUCGUUGCUGCCACUCUUAAUGCUUGUUAUAACCCAGCAUAUUGACCAUAUGCUGGGCUGAAUGAGGAAACACCAAAAUCUCUGCCUCAAUCCCAAUGAGUACUCAAUUUUUGAUAAAUGAUGAGAAAUUAAAGUAUGUAUUGGCAACAAUAGCGGUGACCGUGUCAAGGGAACAACAAUUUCCCAAAGGGAAACAUUGUUUGAAAAUGGUAAUGUUCCUAUACACAAAAAGCUAAAAGUUUUUGUUAUUGCCAGGAAAUCAUGUUGCAAAAUGAGAACCUGAUGUUGUGGAAUUUGUCUCACAGGAUGACAUAGAAUUUAUAUUCUAUAGCCCUUAAAAAUUCAAUGGCUGUUUGAAGUAGUUCAGAUAGCAGUUCCUUCCCUAAAAGGGGAAUCUUUCCUUCUUUGCAUCAGUGGUGCAAGCAUAAAUGAUAAGAUAGCUACUGACUGCCUCAAGCAUGUAAAAUCAGGUAACCUGGGACCUUCUGUACAAACCAAAUUGAUAAUCUCAUCGUAAGUUUUUUGUAAUAUUUCAAGUUAAGAAGCUAACAAUGUGUAUUUCCCAUUUUUAGUUGGUGCAUUUCAUAUACUCUUAUCUGUUUCAACUAAAAUUUGUAGAAUCCUUUCUUCUUUCUCAUAUUAUGUUUUCAAAGUAAAGGAGGUUUCUACUCUGUCAACUGGUUGAUUUAAUCUAAAGUACCUUUCAAGUUGCAUAUCAGGGUGAAAUGGCCAGAAUUCAGUUUUUGCUGAUGUAAAAGUGUGGAUUACAAUGCUUAAGCAUUUUUUUUUCAAUAAUUUCAAGAAUCUUUUAAUGUUCUAUUGUCCAUAUGGAAGUUUGAGUAGUGCUUGUCUCUCCUAUCGAUUUGUUUUUUGUUUUUGCAUGAAAAUGACAUUAAUCAGGACCUUCAUAUUGAGAUUGGAAAGGUGAAAAGUGAUAUGUUGCUGUUUGUAGGCACUUUAGGAGGUUGCAUGAUUUGUGAGACAAUGUUGACGGUAAGACAAUGCUAAUCUUGAAGGUAGAAGUUUAUAGAACAAUGAAUGGAAGAUGCUUUACAUAUUUUAGUUCUCUUAGAUAACUUCCUCUUGGUUGUGUGCUUCAAGGUAGUUCAAAUGCUUUAUGCUUAUAUAUUUUUUCAUCACAGAGAUUCAGCCAUUGAAAGAAAAAAGAGCACAAUGAAAGAAUACACCUCCUCAUGGUAAUGAACUGGUGGUUGGCAUUACCAUCGUCUAUGAAACAUAUUUCUUUCAGGUUGUUGGUAAAACAUUCCCUGCCCAUUUCAAGAAAGGUCUCAGAAGUUGGAGAGGCUUGUGCCUGCAAUGGGAGCAAACAAACUGGUGUAGAAAGAAGCUAAAUGGGGAAUGUUAUUACUUAUCCAAGUGGGCAUUGCGUUUGUUGCUGCCACUCUCAAUGCUUGUUAUAACCUGGCACAUUGACCAUGUGCCAGGCUGAAUGAGCAAGCACCAAUCUGAGCCUCAAUCCCAAUGAGUACUCAAUUUCUGAUACAUGAUGAGAAAUUAAAGUAUGUAUUGGCAACAAUAGCACGUGACAGUGUGAAGGGAACAACAAUUUCCCAAAGGGAAACAUAGCUUGAAAACAGGUGAAGUAAACUUUAUAUUCCGAAGCCCUCAAAAUUCAAUGGUGGUUUCCAAGUUGUUCAGGGAGCAGUUCCUUCCCAAAAAGGGAAAUCUUUCCUCCUUCGCAUCAAUGAUGCAAGAUAGCAUGUAAAAUCGGGUAACCUAGGACCUUCUGUAUAAACCAAAUUUAUUUUGUCAUCGUACCAGUGUCGAGUGUUUCUGUACCAAUUCAAGUUAAGAAGCUGCCAAUGGGUAUUUCCCAUUUGUAGUAUGAUGGAUUUCGUACUCUUCUUUUUCUGCUAAAAUUUGUAGAAUCCUUUCUUCUAUCUCUCAUAUUAUGUUCUGAAUGAAGUAAAGGAGGUUUCUACCAUCUCAAACGCUUGAUCUAAUCUAAAGCACUUUCCAAGUUGCAUACCAGGAUAAAUGGCCAGAAUUCUGUUUUUCUUGGUGA